UUCUUGAAACAGCUACUCCUUAACUCACGGUUUGAAUUUGCCGGCGCAUCUCUUUAACUGGGACGAAUCAGCCGUAUCAUAAACACAGCUGCUUCAUUAUUUAUUGAAAAGAAGAUGGCGGAGUUUUCCCCAGUACUGCCGCUGCGGGAUGGAGAUGAUCGGUUCGGGCAACCCGUCUUUUCCCGCUCGCGUUCCGGUUCGGAAUCCGAAACCGAGCUGUCGCAGAGCCUGGCCCGGACCAAGACCCGUUCCUACGGUAGCACUGCCAGCGUUGCAGCCCCUCUGGCGGAGAAAUACAUUGUGCACCGAGUCACGGCCAGCGAUACCCUGCAAGGGAUAGCGCUCAGAUACGGAGUAACGAUGGAACAAAUAAAAAGAGCAAAUAAACUCUUCAGUAAUGAUUGUAUAUUCCUAAGGACGACUCUGAGCAUUCCAGUCUUCUCGGAGAAAUCCACGCUGCUCAAUGGACUCAGCUCUUUAGAGUCUCCAGAAAGCGAGGCCAGCGACGGCUGUACACCCAAAUAUGAGUGUCCCAGUGUGACGCAGGAUGGUGAGGGUAGCUCAUCUUCAUCCACUUCUGCUGCUCAGAGUCCCCAGGAACCAGACAGCCGGGCCACUCAGCCUGAGGAGCUGUCAGCUAAAGACUACUUACACAGACUGGACUUGCAAAUCAAACUCUCGAAACAGGCUGCUAGGAAACUGAAAGAGGACGAUAUCGGACACAAGGGGGAAGAGGCGCCACAUGCAGCAUCUUCAUACCAGAGUAUUGAUUAAAUCAAUUGACAGCUGAUGUAGGAGACCCAGGAUUUGAAGAUGAAAGUGUUUCUUUGUUUACCUGGACAGCCAAUGGCGAAAUCUGGAGCAGUGACAGCUGAAAUAUUCGGCACGUUUGUCAUGUGUUUUUCUAAUUUGCAUUGACCAAAUUAUGGAACAGGACUUUCUGUCCAUGGAUUUGCACUGAGCUGUUCUGCUUUGCCUUUUUUAAAAUCUUAUUUUUAAUCCAAGGUCCUUACUUUUAUUGGCGAGAGUGUGCGUUGUUGUUUCAGGCACCCACGGCUUGUUUCCGCUGAGAGCUUUCACUACAUGUGCCACAAAACAGGUGUCUAAUAACCUCUACUGUACAGAGUACCUCUUGUGAACUCUCUACUAUUAUAUUACAGAUUAGCAUGUUAGAAAACUGAUAUUAGCACUGUACCCAUGCAGUAUCUAUACAAUAUAUCCCUUUACUAUAUUAACUAUUCUUUCUUUUCUGAAUAUGUAGCAUUCCUAUCAAUAUAUUCCUUCCUUCUUCAGCCAUGUAACACUGAUUUUGAAUAAGCUGUGGGUGCAUGGACACCUUAAUUUCUCAUUUGCCUAUUUAAAGUCAUGCUUUGAGAGGGUUAAUUCUAUUUUGAAGUAUGCAUGUGUUGGUUUGUGUGUGGUGCGUAAAGUUAUAAACCUUCUUGGCUUGGGUUCGGUGUUAUUGUGCUUUGAUUGUUACUUAUGGUUUUGAAUAUCAAUAAACUUGACUGUUCUGAAA